AUGGAUUUGUCACGCGAGCAAAAGUCGUACCUUAGCUUAAAGGUGAUGCGCAAACAGAAUACGCUUACCAACAAGAAUUUCACAACCGGAGUUAAGGAUGCAUCGGUCAAUCAAUCAAAAACUUACAUGAAAGACAUAUCGGAAGGCGAGCUGAUAUCGAAUUCGACUUCUUUGGCCGCCAAGGACUCCUCCGAUAACAUCUACUUGGGCGCAACGUUUGACAGCUAUAUAAUAGUCACCAACGAAUCAACUCAAUAUGCACGCGAAGUAAGCAUAAAGGUUGAAUUGCAAACCACAUCUCAGCGUUUAAUAUUAUGGGACACGUCUGUGAAUGACCCAAUUCCAAUAAUAAUAGAACCGGGAAAAUCGCGUGAACAUGUUAUAAAACAUGAAAUUAAAGAGCUAGGUGUGCACAACAUGGUUUGCUCCUUGCAGUAUACGACGGACGAAGGAGAGAAGAGAUCAUUUCGGAAGUACUAUAGGUUCCAGGUGCUGAAUCCUUUUGCCGUGAAAACCAAGGUAAACAACAUGGGAGAUGGUACCGUUUUUCUGGAGGUUCAAAUACAAAAUGUCGCCGAGAGGUUUAUGUAUCUGGAGAAAAUGAAUUUCGAACCUAUCGAGGUUUUCGAUUACAAAGAUUUGAAUUAUGUAGUGAAUGACGCUGGAAUUGUCGAAGCUAGGGAAGGCGAAGGUGAGAAAGAGAAGGUGGAGGGUGGAAGUAGUAUCGUUGACGGCGAAGACGACGAGUUUGGAGACUUUAUGAGCGGGGGGAGUGACAAAAAUAGGAAUUUAUUAUCGUUAACAAACAAUCUCGGAAGCGGGAAAGAUGGGAGUAAUCUUGUCAAGGAUAAUCAGAUAGAUCAAACUUUGCAAGAGCCGCCAACUGAAAAAAAACUCGCAAAUGUUCCAUUGGAACAAGAGAGCGUGUUUGGAAAUAAUAGCUUUUUAAAUCCACAAGACAUUCGACAAUACUUGUACAUGUUAACACCGAAACCUCAAAUAAACGAUCGUCUCGGUCGCACGGUCAAUGCUCUUGGAAAGUUGGACAUCGUGUGGCGAUCACACCUUGGGGAAACUGGGCGAUUGCAAACAUCCCAAUUGACACGUAAACCACCGUCACUCGACGAAAUCGAGUUUUCAGUGAAAUCGAUUCCUCCGCUGAUUCAACUCGAGGUUCCAUUUAAAUUGGGAUGUCGUGUAAGGAAUCGUACAACGACAACGUUAAGAGUAGUGAUGACGGCAAUUAAAAAUAGGAUGGGAUCGGUAUUAUUAAGUGGAUCGAGUUCCAAGAUUCUGGGAGAAUUGGUACCCGAUGGCACGAUAGACUUUGACCUUGAAUUUUUCCCAUUGAGUCCCGGAUUACAGAGGGUUGGGGGACUGAAGGUUACCGAUUUGACAUCCGGGUACACGAAAGAGAUUGAUCAUCUCACAGAUGUUUUUGUGGUUUUUUCGUGA